CCUGGAAGUCCUGCUCAAAACAUCUUCGCCACUUUCCGCGUAUUCUCGAGGCGAGCUCAAUAAAAAUUAAUCAACGAAUGCGCGCACAAGACGCGUGACAGCGGUAAUUAGCACGCACAAUGCACAACAGUGAGCGAGUUCGUCUUUAAGCAGCACAGUUGACAAGUCGGAGCCACAUUCACAGCUCGUUCUCGAGGGCCUCGUCACACCUCGAGACCUCCGGCCUCGCCUGGAUUUCCGCGGGGUCUUAAGCGCUCGAGGCCUGGCCGAGGCGACCAAGCGAGCCCGGUUGGGUGGCUUACGGGGUUUGCUGCUGUUUGUGGCGCUGGCAACGAUGAAAGCGGCGGCCUUGAGCUACGUUCUCGUGGGCGUCCAGCUGCUGCUGCUGGCGACGAUGCUGCUCACGCAGGGCUUUGCUGUGGAGACGGUGAAGCCACCGAGCCUGGAGCCCGGGGCGGGCGCAGGAGCCGAGCUCGGGGCUGAGGACGCGGCCGAGAACAGCACCGACCCACCGCCGCCGCCGUCGUCGUCGGCUUCAUCAUCAUCAUCACCAUCGUCGUUGUUAGUGGCUGAGGAGUCGGCUGAAGUCCAGGAGGACACGAUGGGAGCCGAAGUCAAAGACUACGACAUCUACGAGGCUGGAGAGACGAGCGGCGUCCAAUACGACCCCACGUCGCCAAAUGUUCUGUGCAGCUUCUUGCCUGAUGAGUUUGUGGAAUGCGAAGAGCCAGUGGACCAUAACAGCAAUGAAACAGCCUUGCACGAACUUGGAUACGGAUGUUUAAAGUUUGGGGGCCAUGCUUACAAGGAUGUGAAUCACACUAAAGUAGUCUGCACGGCUCUCCCUAAGAUUGAGUGCGUUGGCAAAAGGACUUUUCUUCGGGGACACGUGCCCUGCAUCAAGUACAAUGGGCACUACUUUGUCACCACGCUACUUUACUCGUUUUUCCUGGGCUGCUUUGGGGUGGACCGCUUCUGCCUGGGCCACACGGGCACGGCGGUUGGCAAGCUGCUGACUCUUGGCGGGCUUGGCAUUUGGUGGUUUGUGGACCUGAUCCUGCUCAUCACAGGAGGUCUCAUGCCUAGCGAUGGCAGCAACUGGUGCACCUUCUAUUGAGCCGUGUAGGCUGAAAGGAACUUGUGGCAGCGGACCCAGAUUCUGCUAACCUGCAAAUUUUGCUGCAUCUGGAAUGACAAACUUUCCCGCACCUCCGUUGGCUACGUGUGGCGCGAAAGAAGUUCUACAUGCAUACAUAUAAACUUCUAGAAAGACGAACACUUGUAGCUGGCCUGACUUCAACAGAAUGACUUAACUUUGUGCAAUCAGUAGAGAUGUUUGUUCUUUUGUUUGCAUUUAUUUGGCACCGGGUUUGCACAUGCACAGGUUUGUAUAGUAAACUGUAAAUGAGCCUGCUUAAGCAAUGCUGUUAUUUUUUUGUAAAACAAUUUCUUAUUUUCUAGGAAGAGAAGUCAUUUGAAUUGUCAAAAGGAAAUGACCAUUAUAAAUGCCUUGCUGCCGUGUGGUCAAGUCAUAGUUUUCAAAUCUUGAUAUAUACAGUAAACAUGCUCUUUUAAAUGCAUGGCAUCAUGUUCGUUAAAAGUUUUUUUUUUACUUUUGCAUGUCUUUUGAUUUUCACACAAUGCAGUCCCAAAGUGGGAACUGUUUAAACAAAACAAUUAUUGGGCCUUUGGUCCAAUGGGUUAAUGUAUAUUUAUGAUAAUUUCCGAAGAAGUGCACAGAUGGUCCUAAUUUUUACACGCUCAAAUUUGUGACGGUUAAGUAAUUUAACAUAUUUGUUUGUGUCAUGUUACAGGUUGUGUUCUUUUUUAAGUUGAGUGAAUAAAUGUUUAAGUUUC